GCUGUCCUGGGGCAGCAGGACAUACUUAUUUAUUCAGAUGGAGUUCUGCAAGGGAGGAACACUGACUGAUUGGAUAAAGGCGAGAAAUUUUAUGGAAAAACAAAGAAUCAUAGUGGAAAUCCAUAAAAUAUUUUAUGAAAUUAUCACUGGAGUGGAAUACAUCCACGCAAACAAGCUCAUCCACAGAGACUUGAAGCCUGAUAACAUACUGUUUGGUGCUGAUGGUAAAGUGAAGAUCGGAGACUUUGGGCUGGUGGCGGCUCAGACGGAUCAAAAUGGUGACCCUGUAGAGAGGUCAAACAGAGGAACACCAUCUUAUAUGAGUCCUGAACAGGAAAAUGAGAAGAAUUAUGAUGAAAAAACAGACAUUUUUCCCCUGGGACUCGUAUGGUUUGAGAUGCUCUGGAAAAUAUCUACUGGUAUGGAAAGAGAGAAGCUGUGGAAAGACCUGAAAAAUCAAAGGUUUCCAAAAGGUUUCAGUCAGAGUUUUUCGACUGAGAGUAAAUUCAUCAUGAAGAUGUUGUCGUAUUCACCAGAGCACAGGCCACAUGCAAAAGACGUAAAAGAAAAGCUGGAGAAGUUUUUCCAUCUGGAUCAGAAUGUGUUAAGCCAGAAAACCAUCUGAGAUGUUUGUGCAUAGAAACCGUCUCAGCAGUUUGGUCAGGUCCUUUCAGAAUAAUGAACUACCACAGAGUACU